AUGCUGUUCCCAACCCGAAGAGCCGCUGUCAGCGGGGCUGCUUGGGCGACCAGCGGACUGUCGGGGCUCCGAUCAAGAUCGACAAGGAGUCUACUAUCCACUCUCGCCCUCUUGGAACAGAGGGAAGGUCAAUUGAACCACGGUUCUUUGAGCGCCAUCACCGCGGCGAAGAAGCUCGGCGGACCAAUUCACGGUUUCGUGGCGGGAAGCAACAUCAAGGGAGUUGCAGAGGAGGCGGCCAAGGUCGAAGGCGUAGAGAAGAUCGUUGCUGUUGACAACAGCGCAUACGACAAGGUUUGCUUCUGUCCCGAGCGGAAAAUCUUCGGACAUCUUGCGUACGAACUGGACUCUGACGCUGUUUUUGUUUUUUUGCAGGGCCUUCCCGAGAACUAUGCGCCGUUGUUGGUCGAGAACAUCAAGAAGGGCGGCUACACCCAUGUUAUCGCUGGACACACUGCCUUCGGAAAGAACCUCCUGCCCCGCGUGGCUGCGCUUCUGGACUCUCAGCAAAUCUCUGACAUUACGUCUAUCGAGAGCGAAAAUACCUUCGUUCGUCCCAUUUAUGCUGGAAACGCCAUUGCCACGGUCGAGUCAUCGGAUCCCAUCAAGAUAAUCACAAUUCGGGGUACAGCUUUCCCUGCUGCAGAGAUCGCCGCUGGUUCGGCAGGCGUCGAGGCGGGCAUCGACCCUAAGUCCGAGUCUACCACCGAGUGGGUCUCCGAGGAUCUUGCCAAGUCCGACCGGCCAGACCUCGCAACUGCCAGCAGAGUCGUCUCUGGUGGCAGAGGCCUCAAGUCCAAGGAAGAAUUCGACAAAGUGAUGCUGCCACUGGCUGACUCCUUGGGGGCUGCGGUCGGUGCGUCCAGAGCUGCGGUGGAUAGUGGCUACGCGGACAACAGUCUUCAGGUAGGCCAAACUGGCAAGGUUGUCGCCCCCCAACUUUAUAUGGCCGUCGGCAUCUCUGGUGCCAUUCAGCACUUGGCAGGUAUGAAGGAUAGCAAGGUCAUCGCGGCCAUCAACAAGGACGCGGAUGCUCCUAUUUUCCAGGUCGCAGACGUUGGUCUUGUUGGAGACCUGUUCGAUAAGGUGCCCGAGUUGACUGAGAAGGUCAAGCAGUGA